AUGCAUAAUGACCUUGAGAGUCUACACGCGUUGGGCAUCCUGGUCAGGGAUAUCCACCUCUACAACUACCUUGGGGGUAAGCUUGUUGAUUUAAGCCGGGCCUGGACUAUGUACCAUAUCUGCCUGGACAGGUCGACGGCCUUGGCUACUCAAAGGGCGAGGAUCGAGGAGCCUUCUAAAUUCGAGGAGAUGAUCGACAUCUGGGCUUUCCGCGAGGGCGUAGAAAUCAGCAAGCCUGGAGCAUUAGUCAAAUGGCAUAGCAAACAGGACGCGGAUCUUGGAAAUGACCCACGAAACCUCCCCAUCCUGCGUGCCGAAUGUACGGUCAGCAUUGUGCAGAAUACUAUCGAGGCGGUCGGCUCUUUGACUUCAGCCUUGCUAUCACACCGCCCCGUUUUAGCUUGUCGCUCAAACUUCGGCGAUCACAUUGAAGACGACAGGAGCUGUGAUCUUCAGUAUUUCAGGAAAAUGGAGGCAGAGAAGAUGGAAAAGAGGGAGAAGAAGAGAGCAUCUGCACAAGCCUAG